AUGGCUUCAGACGACGACUCACAAGCUCUAGACACGCACCAUGACGACAAGGACUGGGAGGAGCAGAAGGAGAACUUCCGAGUAUGUUACAUCGACCGCAACAUGACUCGCAAAGAAGCGGCCGAGUACAUGAAACACCACUACAACUUCAACGCCACGCCUCGUCAAUGGGAGCGCAAGAUCAAGCAAUGGGGCUUUUCGAAGUACACGAACCGAGACGAGAGACUGGCGCAGAUUGCGCAAGCUGGCAAGACCGUGCUCGACGUUAGUCGUCCUGGUCGGCGGCCGCGCUCUUCCGUGGACGAACGAGGGAAUCUCCAGCCGCACGAGGAUCGCAACCUUCGCCGCUUUGCUCGACGAGAAGUCAGUCGCUCCCGAUCAAGAUCCAGAUCAACCUCCUUCGCCGACAGACCACGCCCACAGUUUAAGCAAGAGUUCUCGGAUCCCUCCGGAGCAUCCACCUUGGAUCCGGCCUUCAGCUUCAACGACCUGAGCUCAGAGAUGCGAAGGACGUCCAGCAGAGAAGGUCUCCUCACAGGCAGAAUGCAAGAUGCGCGGGGGAUGUCAGAUUCCAUGCAGGCCGGCUUCUUUCAAAAUCAGCAAGCAGUUGCACACGGACCCAACGACGACCCAAGUAUUACUGUUGGUAUCCCCAGCCACUUCCAACAAGGCCAGCCCCAUGGCUCACCACCCUUCAACACUGUACCAGCACAGAGUCAAUUCAAUACCUUCGCGCACGGGCCAAUCCCGUUGCACGCCUCGCAUGGCAUGGGCCUCGCAAACUCGAACCAGACAUUCUCGGGAGAUCCCACCGAUACAGCCUUUGGGUAUCCUAUGCCGGAACCGGUCAUGCAGCCUUUACCAACGGGCUUCAAUCAAUUUGGAAUGCACCCGGGCGUGCUACCAGAGGGUAUCAUGACUGACCAAGCGAUCUUCGACAACGGAUUGACGUUGCAGCAAGGUACUGAUGCGCUGGAUCAAGCAGGUUUCGAAACUCAUCCUAUGAUCACGUUUGACAUAGUGGACACGGACACUGCGGCGAUGGUACCUGCUUCCGAACCCGUUCCUCUGCAAGUUCAGCCCGCGAUGUCGGCCUCGUUUCCAGGGACCCCUCUUAGCGACAACAGUUCACUUGGUAGAGACGUCUUGCCACUGGUGGAGCAGUAUAUACGGGCUGUUCAAAACGUCGCGCUCAAUUCUCUGCCUCGAUCAUCAAAUGCCGCCGAUAUGUCGGAAAAGCUAGCGGCAGAUCUUGUACAACCAAGCAGCGCUUUCAUGGCCAGCAUGGCAAUCUUUCUUGACAAUUUUGACAAAACGAAGCAACGGUCUCUUCAGAGUAUGAAGGAUACGUGCAGCAAGCUCCGGCAAAAGAAUGCAGUUUUGGAACAGGUCCUGAAUGGCCGUAAGUUCUUCACUGUUGCGCCUUUGAUGCUAUGA